AUGGAAGAAAUUUGCACAGCGCUAAAACCCAUAUUAAUCAUUCAUAGUUUGGAAUUCGACCCAACUGAAUACUUUAAUCCAGGUGUACAUGAGGUUGACGAAAGUGCCCAACAACAUCUAUCCUUUUGUCAAGAUAACAGUAGCGAAGAAGAAACGCCCUUGUAUGGCGAUGCAUAUGUUAACUAUUUAAGUAUAAAAACAACCGGCAAUGGUAAUUGCUUAUUCAAUUCUAUUGCAACACUCGCAAAUAUGACAGGUAGUUUUGCUAUUGAACUUCGCGUACAUUGUAUUAUAGAAUUAACUCUCGAAACGGCGUAUUACGUACAAAAAUACACAAAUUUAUUCUUAAUCGAUGAAGUGGAUGAUGACUGUUUUCAACAGUAUAUCCCUGAUGAAGAAAAUUCUCUUCCUCAAUAUAUCAUCAACGAUUUAAUUAGAGGCACAUCAUGGUCUGAUCGUUGA